AUGGAUAAUAGGAACAAGUUCCUUGUUUCUUUUAUUUAUGGUUUUAACAAGGAAGAGGAUAGGAGGCUUCUUUGGAAAGAAUUAGAGGGUUUGAGAACAAAUGAACCAUGGGUAGUGCUUGGGGAUUUCAAUGAUAUUAUUGAGAAGGGAGAAAGAAUUGGGAAGAGAGCACACUUUACACCAACAGCUUUCCGUGAGUGUAUAAUCAAGUGUCAAUUAGAAGAUGUGAAAUAUGGAGGGAAUUAUUUUACUUGGAAUAAUAGACAACAAGGAGAUGAUAGAAUAUACUCUAAGAUUGAUAGAGUUAUGGCAAAUCCUAGUUGGCUGAAUUUAUAUCCGAUUGCUGAAGCACUUUUCUUGCAGGAGGGUCUCUUUGAUCACACCCCCGUAAUAUUGACGGUUUAUCCAUCACUUCCAAGUGGUAGAAACCCGUUUAAAUAUUUUCGAAUGUGGUCGAGUUCACCUAAUUAUCAAAGGCAAGUUGGGGAUAGUUGGAAGGGAUCGGUUGUGGGAACUAAAAUGUAUCAACUAGUCACUAAAUUGAAGGGACUCAAACCUGUUUUGACAGCAAUCAACAAGUAUGGUUUUGCUGAUAUACAAGGAGAAGAAAUGAGGGUGAAGGAGCUCAUGAUUGAGUGUCAACGAAGACUGAACCUGGAUCCUUUAAAUGAAACAUUAAUGCAGCAAGAGAAAGGUGUUCGUGAGCAGUAUGCUGAAAAGCAUAAAGCACUAAUCUCUUUUCUGCAACAAAAAUCCAAGGCCAUUUGGAUUAGAAAUGGGGAUUCCAACACAUCAGUUUUCCAUUCUAGUAUCAAGGACCGAACAAGGCAAAAUAGAAUUCUCUCUAUUGUCAAUGCUCAAGGUGAAAGAGUAGAUGAACAAGAGAAGAUUAAUCAGGCUUUCCUAGAUUACUACAAAGAGCUAUUGGGGACAAGCAUGAUAGGCAGGCAGAGGGUUAAAAAUUCAGUCAUGAAGGAGGGACCAUUGAUAACACCUACACAUGUUGCAACCUUGAUGACAGAGUUUUCCAAAGAGGAAAUUAAAGAUGCAAUGUUUAGUAUUCCCGGGGUGAAGAGUCCGGGGCCAGAUGGUUAUGGGAGUUACUUUUGUCAAGAUAACUGGGAUCUGGUUGGGUGUGAAACUUGUGAAGCAAUAGCCUCCUUCUUGAAGUCAGGUAAUCUGCUAAAAGAAAUUAACUCAACUAUCAUUACCUUAAUUCCUAAAAUGAAAUGUCCGAAUAAGGUGAGUGAUUUUUGGCCUAUAUCUUGCUGUAAUGUGCUAUAUAAGGUGGCUACCAAGUUGAUUUGCUCUAGACUUAAAAACAUCUUGCCUGAAAUAGUCUCUCUAAAUCAGGGAGGAUUUAUUAAAGGCAGAUAUAUAGCUCAUAACAUCAUGAUAUGCCAAGAUCUAAUUAGGAAUUAUGGUAGGAAGGAUUCUAAGCCUAAUUGUAUGAUCAAGCUUGAUCUUCAAAAGGCGUAUGACACAAUGGAUUGGGAGUUUUUGGAAGAAAUGUUACAUGCUUUUGAAUUCCCGGAGUAG